CUUACAGGUUUGGAACGACAUGAGGGUGAGUCAUUAAUGACAUAAAUUCCAUUUUUGGGUGAACUAACCCUUUAAUUGUGCUUCUGUGUUUUGGUUCUUUAAGUUUUUUAACAAUGUGUUAAAAUGAUCUGUGUUACAAGGACUCAUAAUAUUCUGAUUUAUUUUUUGGUCCCCUCCUGCUGGUAUUAAAGGAAUCGUUCACCAAAAAAAUUUAUUUACUCACCUACAUGUAGGCUAUUCAAGAUAGAUAAGUUUCUUUGUUCAUUGGAACAGAUUUAGAAGAAAUUAGCGUUACAUCAGUUUUUCAGAAUCUAAACUAUUCUUUUAAUUGAGCAGUGAACAAAUCAAAUGGAUUUCAACACAGAAAAACAUAGCGUGAAAAGGAAAAUAUGUAUUAUCCAUGUCUUUUCAAAUUAAGUCUUGUUUUAAUUCAGUAGUAUAACACAGACUUACUCAAAUCAACAAUUUGAACAGAUUUAAGGUCUGAUUUAACAUCGCUGUAUUUUAGGUUGGUCAAGAGACUUGACAAGAUGUUUGUCACACACACUUCUCUUUCUGACAUCCGUUUGAUAUGCCACUGUCAAACUUGCAUGAUCACGGAAGCACCCGUUUGUCGUCUACUUCAACAUUCGCCAUUCUUGCUUUCUUCCAGAUGAAAAUAAGAAAAUUAGCUGAAAUGGGCACUCUCCUCAGCAGUUUCAGAUCUCGCGCUGGGCCAAAUGUCAGCGCUGCAGCUCAGAGUGGAAGUCAUAUUAUAGCUCCUGUACUCACUAACAAUACAAUAACAGGCGGUGUCCACAUCCUACAUAAUGCACACGGUUUUACUUUUGAUCGCCCACACUCUGAAACAACACAAACAUCAGCAACAAGAUCAUUGAUUUUCAGACAUAAGACACGGAUCUGCAGUGAGUGUCAGUAUGUGACUGAUUAUAACUCACUGCCUGGUGAACGUGUGCUGCUGUCUGAGCGCUACACACAACCUCUGAUCCUUCAGAGAUAUAGACAUCUACAAGAGAGAGAAGAAGAGCUCCGCUCCAGUGGAGAGGACUUCCAGCAGGUCCUCAACUCCAGGAGCAGUGAUGAAUCUUCCCAUCUGAACUCUCUGUUCAACCCAGAUAACCAUGGGAUCAGCCCUAGUUCUGUCAUACUGCAGGGAAACUCAGGGAAUGGGAAGACCUUAACUGUACAGAAGAUCAUGAUGGACUGGGCAUCUGAUAAACUCUUCAAAGAGCGGUUUGAUAUUGUGUUCCACUUAAAGUGUAAAGAAAUAAACCGCAUUCCUGGUAGAAAGAGUUUGGUGGAGAUCUUGAGCUACAGCUGCAGUUUAACACCAGAUCAGAUCUCACAGAUACUAAAGCAGUUACCAGAGAAGGUGCUUUUCAUCAUUGAUGGAUUUGAUGAGCUGAAACUCACACAGGACAUUUAUUACAUGUCACCUCACACUGAUGUGAUUCAGAAAGCUCCAGCUGAGGUCACACUUUGUGCCCUGUUGAGGGGUCACAUCUUGCCAGAGUCCUUCCUGCUGGUCACCACCAGAUCUACAGCUACAGACACACUGAGCAAUUUGCUCAAAGGACCUCAGCGUUUCACUGAGAUUAUGGGUUUCUCUCAGAAGGGGGUGGAGGAGUACUUUCAGAAGUUCUUCCAGGAUGAGCAACUUUUCAGGAGGGCUUAUACAUUUGUGAAGGCAAAUGAAAACCUUUUCACAGCCUGCUCCAUCCCUGUGAUCUGCUGGAUCAUCUGCACAACUAUCAAGGAACGUUUCAGAGUUGGUGCAGAUGUUUCAAGUGGACUGGAAACCACCACCUCCAUCUACGUUGACUUUGUGUCCACUCUACUGAAGCAUCACUGCCAGGGUUUGAGUCAGCCUGUACCGACCCUGCUGAGGAGUCUGGGUCAGCUAGCAGAGAGAGGGAUGCUGGAACAACAAGUCUUGUUGGAUGAGAAUACUGUUUAUGAAACAGUUUCAGACCCUGUUGCCAAUCCAUUUCUUUGCAAGUUCCUUUUUAAAAGAAGAAUCUGCCAGGAGACGAUGUUCAGUUUCAUGCAUCUCAGCUUUCAGGAAUUCUUCACUGCUCUCUACUGUGUCAUUCUGGAUGAAGAAGAGUCCCAGAGAAAACUUUCACAGCUAAUUUCUGUUCAAAACAGUAGAUGGUUGUCAGAUCCUCCACGUUUUGCAGCUGUGGUUCAAUUUGCAUUUGGUCUCUUGAAUAAGGAUGUGAGAUACACACUUAGAAAGACACUUGGUCUAUUUGUUCACCCAAACACACAGGCCCUUCUUAAAGAAUGGAUUUUGAAAGAGCUCCAAAUAGAUAUUCUUCAUGAUAGAACACUUUUUAUUCUUCACUGCCUCUAUGAACUUCAUGAAGAGGACUUUGUGAUAAAAGCUAUGAAAUCCUGGAGUAGGAUUAAUGCAUAUGCGUCAUUCUUGACCAGAACAGACUGCUGGGCCCUGCUGUACUGCUCUCAGUGCUGCCAGAGCAUUGAAGAACUGGACCUCCUAAGCUGCAUUGGAUUAACAUCUGAAAAGUUGAUGAUGAUUCUGCCUGCGCUCCCCAAGUUUAAGAAAUUAACAAGUUUGCCUCUAGAGAAUCCAUCGGUCUCUGAUUUGGUUGAGCUGAUGUGUGCUCUGACAAGAGGACAGACCCUGAACUCACAGGAGGUUCAUGUCAUAUCAGAUUUUAAAAAUCAUUCUGCCCAUAGAACUGAACUGUCAAUCGGCAAAGAGCUAUCCAGAAUCUUCAUACGUCAUCUAUGGCAUGUUGAUCCUACAAGAUCUUUGGGAUCACUCAGUCUCACCUUGCCACGCUCAGAGCUCACCAACAUCAACUGGACCAAACUUUAACAGAUAAUUCACCAAAACGAUUCAGAUGCAUUAAUGCUUAUUCCCUGUUCUUUCUCUAAACUGAAAAAGAUGGAAAUAAGUGUAAACUGCCUGACCGAGAGAUGGUGUGUUUGGACCCUUCAAAUCAUCCAGAACUGCCCCAGUCUAACAGAAGUCAAGUAGGAAAAGGAUUUGAAAUCACCUUCUGUCCUGUGUCUGUAUAAAUUAUGAACUAAUGUGGUAGAUGCUAUCUUUUUACUGGAGGAGGGAAUCAAGAUCUUGCAGAGGUCACACACAAGACCAGCCUGUGUUAUGAGAGUUGACGGGUUUGUAUUGGUGUAUCAUACUUUUUGCAUCAGUAAAUUUACUUGUAUAUGUUUUCUAUGCAAUCGAGGAGCAAUCUCUUAGUUCAUUACCUGUGAAUAGCUCAUUAUAUUUUGGUCUGUUUCUGCCACAAUUGUUAUUACAGUGAUUAUAUCCUAUUAAAAGCAGAUGUCAGGUUUGUUAAUGACUCUGCAGUGAUGCUAUGCUUUGUGCUUUCUGGUUAUGAAGGUUCGUUUGCCAUAAACAGUCUCAAAAAUGUACACAUUAUAAAGACUGUAAACUUAACUGCAACCAGGAGGUGAUGAUCCAUUUGAGUUCUCAGGGCUUUUUUACAGAGACUUUGCGGAAGUCCUUGUUUUGAAACUAAUGGUACGACGUGAUAAUUAGGAGAUAGCUACAAAAGCAGCACCUUCACGUAGAGCUGUGGAUGGAGAUGACGACGUACCUCAACUGUAUAUUAACAGCAGUUAGGUGUUGUAUUGUAAUAGUUGUCAAAAUUAUUAUAUUAAAAAACUCUUUUCACGAUACAUAUUGUUUCAAAUCAGCUUUAGUUUCAUGAUGUUGAUCCUUAAUUCUUUGGUAGUUUAGAGCCGGGUGAUUGUAUAGUUAACAUUUGAUACAAACAAUCAAGAAGUUGAGAUUUGCUCAAUUUUAUAUAUUGUGACUGUGUGAGUGUACUGUUUGUAUGCAGAAAAAAAUUGGAUAUACUUUAAUUUUAAAUUGGUGUUAUUUUGCGAUGCAGAGGAUUCAUCUGACAGUUGAUAAUGGAGAAGAAAAGCCUUGGAAGAAACCAGGCUUCAGUUCUCCUCUCUGGAUAUACAUUCAAAAUAUAGUGUCAGUAAUUAAGUAAUAGCAUGUUAUCACUGAUUUCAUUUUGCAAUAUUGUAAAAAAUAAAGAAACCAUGAAAGCAAAGUCUCUGUAGAUGCUUAUUAAUUUGCAUUACUUCAAGGAACAGCUUACC